UUUGCAAAACCCUGUCGAAGAAAAUUGGAUAGAGAAACUUCUUCUCCUUUAUACAAUGAAUAAAGUUUAUCCGUGCACCAUAUUUUAUUCAAGAUGUUCAAAUGAUGAUUGUGAGAACAAAUUGAUGGUUGGUGGUGAAGAAAUUGGAGUCAUCAACAUGAAAAAUUAUUUGAUUGCCCACGAAGUUCUUAGAGACUAUAUGUAUCACUUCUUGUAUGCAAGUUGUAGUUUGUACGCCUAUUUUGAAGUGUGGACCUCUCGGAUGCAGGAUGCUGAUCCAUCUCUUUGUGAAUACCCAUCAUAUAACCAACUACGUUAUGCUUGGUAUUCAUAUCUGAAGUUGUUGGACAUUGAUUACUCCGAUGGGAGUUGUUGCCCAGUGUGUGGUCCUACGCCUGAAACAGUUGUGUGUGAUGCCACCACAGUUUCGUUUCGACGUAAGAUGGUACUACAAGAGAACAUUGUCAACCCAACUGCCGAAAACAUACACGAAGGAAGAUAA